ACAAGUCGAAACGAAGUGAGAUUAAUGGAUUUAAUCGCGAAAAAUCAGUGAUAAGCUCGCGAAUAAAUGGUCCCUCAUUAGGACCGCCCAAUGAACUGGAGCUAUAAAAGCCAAAAAACUGCUGCUCACCAUUCACAGUUUUCACCGCAAGCCAAAGCAAAAUGCAGCCUCCGCCGAAGACUUAUUCCUGGCCGCUUCUCUUGGUUGUCCUUUUUGCGGGCAUUAGCCUGGCCAGGUCCGCGCCGCGUCAGGCGUCUAGUACCUACGUCAUUCCGCUGCCCUGGAACGAUCUAAUUAGGACCUUCAAUUUCCCAGAGUCGCAGGAGAAGUCCCAGGAGAUUCCCGAGCCGCGUGCGCUCUCUGUGAACCUAGAGGAUACGAGUGCCGGCCGACAGGAGGAGGAGGAGGAGGAUGAUCUGCAGCAGGUUCUGCUGCUGACCAGUGGACUGACUCCCGCCCAGAUUGCCCAGCGUAGUCGGGGCCGAAACAAUGAGGGCAGGUUCUUUGGGCGCGGCGGCACCACCGUGGUGGUGAUCUCCGGCUUAUCCGGCGCUGUCAACAACACUAACAACAACAGUAUUGUGACCACUCCUGCCACCACAACCACAACGGGCACUCGAACCUCGGAGUUUAUCCGGACGCCAAUUGCUUACCCGGCCGGAUAUCCCAUGCAAUACUACCGGAAACGGCAGAACGACGGCGCAUCGAUGUCCUAUCCGGAGCUCUUCGGCUGGAACGAGGCGGCCUUCUACGGCGGAGAUUUGAGUGGUUUGGGUGGACUCAAUGGGGGCUAUAGUCUGCCGGGCGUCCCCUUGGUGCCAAUCACCGUUGGCAACGAGGUGAGGUACGUCCCCAUGAAUCUCCGCAUGCUACGGCAGUUUGUCGGUGGUCCCACUUCCUUUGCUCCCCCUCCACCGCCGGCCAUCAGGGAGCAGGAUGAUCAGCUGGAGGACGACGAUAUAGCCGCCUUGGCCUUGGGCCCCGAACUAGAAGUACUAGACGACAACACCAAUGAGGGUGGCCCGGAGGUCACAAGUCAAGUCACUGGUCACUCGGUCGGCGAUCCAUCGGGCUUUGGACUCCUUGGCCAGCGGUUGAGACCUCGUCCGUUGGUCAGAAGGCGACCACUGCAGACACUGGCCCAGAAUAUUCGCCGGGUGCAGUACCUCAGGAAGUAAUGGCCGCACAAAGAUACCAGAUCAACAUGACCGUAAUGACCACUAGACUUAAAUUUUUUUUUUUUUAAAAGCGAAAAUAAAUGAAAUGUAAGGGAACGUAAAUCUUGU